UAUUACAUUGUGAAUGUUGUAGCAUAAGAGCAAUUGUAGCAGACCUAUCGAACGUUGAGCACAUUAAUAAUAAGAACUAAGAUUAUUUUAGUUCUAAAUCUGAACAUAAAGCUAGUUCUAGCAAUUUAAAGCCAAGGUCUUCAGUCUAUGCAGCAAGUUCUUCAGUCUAGUGUGAACAGCUCAUUUUGCCAUCGUCAUGUCUUCAGACAACACCUUGGAUGAUGAUGACACCUUUAAGAUCCUGAUUGCUACUGAUAUUCACCUCGGAUACCUGGAGAAAGAUGCCAUCCGUGGCAGUGACUCCUACAACACAUUUGAUGAGAUCCUGAAAUGUGCCAAGACAAAUCAGGUGGAUUUCAUCCUGCUGGGAGGUGAUCUGUUCCACGAAAACAAGCCCACGCGCCGAUGCCUCCACACCUGCAUCACCAUGCUGAGAAAGUACUGCAUGGGAGAGUCGCCCAUACACUUCAACAUACUCAGUGACCAGACGGUUAACUUUAACACCACACAGUUCCCCUGGGUUAAUUAUCAGGAUGAAAAUCUCAACAUCUCCAUACCCGUGUUUAGCAUUCAUGGAAACCACGAUGACCCGACAGGGGCUGAGGGUUUGUGUGCGUUGGACCUGCUCAGUGCGUCGGGUCUCUUGAACCACUUUGGUCACUCUCAAUCUGUGGAGAAGAUUGAAAUCAGCCCCAUCCUCUUGCAGAAAGGCAACAGCAAGUUGGCCUUAUAUGGCCUUGGUUCCAUCCCAGAUGAGCGUCUGUACAGGAUGUUUGUCAACAAUCAUGUGAUGAUGUUACGUCCCAAAGAAGACCAAGACGAAUGGUUUAACCUGUUUGCCAUUCACCAGAACAGGAGUAAGCACGGCCCCACAAACUACAUUCCCGAGCAGUUCCUGGAUGAAUUUCUGGAUUUAGUGGUGUGGGGUCACGAGCACGAGUGUCUGAUGGCGCCGACCAGAAAUGAGCAGCAGCUCUUCUAUGUGACGCAGCCUGGCAGCUCAGUAGCCACCUCGCUGUCUCCUGGAGAGGCGACCAAGAAGCAUAUAGGGUUGCUGAGGGUGAAAGGGCGUAAAAUGAACCUUCAGAAGAUCCCCCUAAAGACUGUGCGUCAGUUCUUCAUCCAGGACGUGGUGCUCUCUGACUACCAGGAUGCGUUCACAGUGGAUACACCCAAUGUGAUAAAGAAGGUGGAGAACCUUUGCCAUGCUAAGGUUAAUGAGAUGCUAGAAGAAGCCGAGAGGGAACGACUGGGAUGUCCGCUUACCCCAGAGAAACCGCUCAUUCGUCUCAGGGUGGACUACACCGGCGGAUUUGAGACCUUCAGCACAUCCCGCUUCAGUCAGAAAUACGUGGACCGCGUGGCUAACCCAAAAGACCUCAUUCACUUUCUCCGAUGCAGGGAGAAGAAGGAGCAAAUCAAAGAUGAACUCAGUGUGGACUACAGCAGAGUACUAAAAACAACUGCAGUUGAGGGGCUGAGAGUAGAAGACCUGGUGAAACAGUACUUUGAAGCGACCGAACAGAAGGUACAGCUGUCCCUCCUGACAGAGCACGGCAUGGGAAAAGCCAUUCAGGAGUUUGUAGACAAAGACGAGAAGGAUGCCAUUGAUGAGCUGAUCACCUAUCAGCUUGAGAAGACGCAGCGCCACCUCCAGCGUCGGAGUGUAAUCACAGAGCAAGAGAUCGACGCCGAGAUCAAGCAGAUGAGAGAGUCCAAAAAGAACACAACGGAAGAAGAAAAUGAAAUUAAAGAGGCAAUCAACAGAGCCAAGGCUCACCGCUUGGAGCGUGGAGAGACCUCACUGGACGUCAACAUGUCAGACCCGUCUAGCGACGGGGACUCUGAACAAGACGCUGCAUCAGCCAGAGGAAGAGGAAGAGGACGUGGGGGCAGAGGGCGGGGACGAGGGAGAGGUGCUAAAGCCUCUGAGCCGAAAUCCUCCGCACGAGGUACUUCCAAGAAAUCCUCAGUGACAAGCCAAAGUAGAAGCAUCAUGCAAGCAUUUCAAGGUCCGACCCAAAGACCUUGUCGGAGCGCAGCGACCACAUCCUAUGCAGCAGAUGAUAUAACCAUUGAUGACUCUGAUGAAGACGCUCCUGUAAUGAAAGCUCAGCCCUCUCCCAAAGCUGCGUCCACGUCGUCAUUCUUCCGGGCGAGUUCUCAGGGCCAGAGCCAGACUUCCAAAGGAGUGAGUUUUGAUGACAGUGACGAUGAGGAUGAUCCCUUUAAAGGCCCGGUCCGGCGUUCAAGGAGAUAACUACAAUUCCUUCCCUCAUAAAAGCUCAAGUUCCUCAUGUUGAUUCACCACAAAAUAAGUCCAAAUGCUACUAUGCAUCUAUGUUGUUCUGACACGCUCUAAGAGCAUGUCAAGGUGUUCUACAACUAUACAUAAAUCCAAUGCCACAAGGUAGGCUCAUUUAAAGCUCUUAGUUACAUCCCUUUUAAUGAGUAGAUAAGACAGGAGUUAUUCUCUAAUUAAAAUGUUGCAUACAAACUUGGAUUUAGGAUAUUUUUUCUUCAAAAGUCAAAACAAUGGGUGUUAAUUGGAUCCCUGCAGAGAAAAAGGGUUCAAGGUAAGACUAAAAAUUUGGAUAUACAGUAAAAGGUGGUUGGUUGCAGUAGACAGGUUUCUAUUUACACUGAAAUGCCAACCCGGAAUGAUCAUUGGCUCCUUUAGUCUUCAUAGUUUGUAUUGCAGACUGUCCUGUUACCAUUGGGUCGGAUGUGUCAAUGAAUAGAACAUAUAUAUAUUUCAUAUUUCUAGUACAUUAUUGCCAUUUAUUUAAGGUCACAAUGAUGCUGUUGUCUAGUCGUUCCUACAAUUUUCAUAAAUCCAUUGCUCAGACUUGAUUGACACUGUUGGGAGAAGUAUAAUCAAAAACUGAGCUGUAUUGUCUUUGUAGAUGUAAUAUUUUAUAGCAGCUCUUAGCAAGUAAUAAUAAUACUUUUUUUUUAUUUUAAGAGUACUCAAAGACACUAGUAGUUAUUCUAAAAUGUAAACAAUAUUGACUAAAAACAACCUGUAAUAAAUGAAGUGUCUGUUGAGUGGGUUUAUUGCAGUUUUGGCAAGUCUUUGUUCACAUACCUGUAUUUACAAAAAUAUACAAAUGCAAGAUAUAUACAGCAAAAAUGAUGAUGACAACAUCCAUCCAUCCGCUUAUCCUCACUGGGGUCGUGGGUGUGCUAAAGCCUAUCCCAGCUAACUGCGGGCAGUACACCCCGGACUGGUCACCAGUCAAUCGUAAGGCAUGUUUAAACAACCAACCAUUCACACUCACUCACUCGCACAUACGGGCAAUUUAGAGUCUUCAAUUAACCUACCAUGCAUGUUUUUGGAAUGUGGGAGGAAACCGGAGUACCUGGAGAAAACACACGCGGGCAUUCGGUCAUGCAAAAUCCACACAGGCGAGGCCGGAUUUGGACCCCAGUUCUCGGAACUAUGAGGCGGUUGUGCUAACCAGUCGUCCACUGUGCCGCCGUAAUGACAACAUAACAUUUAUUAUUUGAUAAUAAUAUCCGACAGCUGAUCACUACUAUCUUAUUUCAACUACCUCUAUAGUUAUAUUAUUUUAAACCUACAAGUGAAACCGCAACUUUUAAACUGAACAUGCUCAAACAAAAAAUUGUCUGAGAACAUAUAAAAGCCUAGUGAGUUAAU